AAUGCUUUCGCCCACAAUCGCAUUGCCUGCCUCGAGUCGUGCGCACCAUGGUCAAGAAGAAAGUGGACGCGCGCGUGCGGACGCUGCUGGAGAACUGCAUCCAAGAGAACUUUCGCUCUUUUGUAGUGCUUGUUGGAGACCAUGGUAAGGACCAGGUCAUGAAUCUGCACUACAUUCUGUCCAAAGCGGCCGUCAAGGCGCGCCCGCGCGUGUUGUGGUGCUACAAGAAGGAGCUGGGCUUCUCUACACACCGCCAGAAGCGCAUGCGCCAGAUCAAGAAGCAGCAACAGCGCGGCCUGUACGACCCCAGCAAGGACGACCCGUUCGAGCUCUUCAUCGCCUCCACGGACAUCCGCUGGUGCUACUACAAGGAGACACACAAGGUGCUGGGCAGCACCUACGGCAUGUGCGUGCUGCAGGACUUUGAGGCUGUCACUCCCAAUAUCAUGGCGCGCACCAUCGAGACUGUCGAGGGCGGUGGCGUCGUCGUGCUGCUACUACGCACCAUGGACAGCCUCAAGCAGCUCUACACCAUGAGCAUGGAUGUGCACGCGCGCUUCCGCACCGAAUCGCACCAGGACGUGGUGGCGCGCUUCAAUGAGCGUUUCAUCUUAUCACUGGCCUCGUGCGAGCGCUGUGUCGUGCUCGAUGACGAGCUCAACGUCUUGCCUAUUUCCAAGCACACGCGGAAGAUUGAGCCGCUGCCACCACGCGACUCGACCACAGAGCUCACCAAGGACGAGCUUGAGCUGCAGGAACUCAAGACAUCUCUGCGCGAGACUCAGCCUGUUGGCGCUCUCGUGGAGCAGGCGCGCACCCUGGACCAGGCUAAGGCUAUUCUCACCUUCGUUGAGGCUGUUUCGGAGAAGACGCUGCGCUCCACUGUGGCGCUGACUGCAGGACGUGGACGUGGUAAGUCGGCAGCUCUAGGUAUGGCGCUGGCGGGUGCAGUAGCUUACGGAUACAGCAACAUUUUCGUGACGGCACCAUCUCCUGAGAACCUCAAGACCGUUUUUGACUUCGUGUUCAAGGGCUUCGAUGCACUCAAGUACAAGGAGCACUUGGACUAUGAGAUCGUGCAAAGUACCAACCCAGAGUUCAACCACGCUGUGGUGCGCGUUAACAUUUUCCGCGAGCACCGUCAGACUAUCCAGUACAUUCAACCUACACACCACGAGAAGCUUGCUCAAGCGGAGCUUGUGGCUAUUGAUGAGGCUGCUGCUAUUCCGCUUCCCGUCGUCAAGAACCUACUGGGUCCCUACCUUGUGUUCAUGUCGUCCACCAUCAAUGGUUACGAAGGUACGGGACGCUCGCUGUCGCUGAAGCUUCUGCAAAAACUGCGUGAGCAGCAGGGUAGUGCUGGAGAGGCCGCAGCGCGCGCUGCUGCGAGCAUUCACGGUGACCAGAAGCGCCGUAAGGGUGAACAGAAGCUGCACGAAGAACGCUGGCAAGCAGCUAGCAAUGCCGCCCACGCUGCUGCCGCUGGAAGCGCUUCGUCAUCGGCGCGUGUACUCCGUGAGGUUGCUCUGGAGACCCCGAUUCGGUACGCUCCGAAUGACCCUGUCGAACGCUGGUUGAACGCUCUACUGUGCUUGGACGCGACGAACGCAUCGCACCGCCUGGUGGCUGGCACGCCUCACCCGCGUGACUGUGAGCUGUACUACGUGAACCGCGACUCACUGUUUUCCUACCACAAGCUGUCGGAGAGUUUCCUGCAGCGAAUUAUGGCUCUGUAUGUGUCUUCGCAUUACAAGAAUCAGCCAAAUGACCUGCAAUUGUUGUCCGACGCUCCAGCUCACCACGUUUUCGCUCUGCUCGGCCCUGGUGCGGAGGCUCAGGGUAAUGCUGGCCAGCUUCCGGACGUUCUCUGCGUUGUGCAGGUGGCUCUGGAGGGUGAGAUCUCCAAGGCGUCGGUGAAGGCGCAGCUUACGCGUGGCCAGCGUGCUUCAGGAGACCUAAUUCCGUGGACAGUGGCGCAGCAGUUCCAAGAUUCAGAGUUUGCAGCUCUCUCGGGUGCGCGUGUGGUGCGCAUUGCCACUCACCCGGAUGUGACUGGCAUGGGCUACGGCUCUCGCGCCAUUGAGUUGCUCACCAAGUACUACCAGGGUGAGAUCACCAGUGAUGUUGCUGAUGGAGAAUCUGAGGAGAAAGAGAAGGAAGACAAACUGGAGGAUGAUGACGACGACGAGGAAGAGAAGAAGUCGAAGCUUCGCAAGGAAAAGAUUAAGCCGCGCAAGACGCUUCCGCCUCUCCUGUUGCCACUGGAUGAGCGUCCGUGCGAGCGUCUCCACUGGUUCGGUACGUCGUUCGGUCUGACGUUGCCUUUGCACAACUUCUGGUCUCGCGCCAAAUUCCGCUCGGUGUACAUCCGACAGACUGCCAACGACCUCACGGGCGAGCACACGGCUAUUAUGCUGCGUUCUCUGCGUUGCGACGACCUCCCUGCAGCUCCUGCUGAUGGAUGGCUGGACGAGUUCGUGGCCGACUCGCGUCGCCGCUUCACGUCGCUGCUCAGCUACGACUUCUCCAAGUUCCCGUGCGCGCUCGCUUUAGGCCUACUGAGUGACGAGUCUGCCGGAUCGAAUGAGGACGAGAAGCAGCUCACUCUGCACCGCAGCGCUACCGGUGAGAUCAGCCCCGCAGAAUUGGCAAUGGUGUUGACCCCCUACGAUGCCAAGCGUCUCAAGUCGUACGCCAAGAACAUGGUAGACUACCACAUGAUCGUGGACCUGAUUCCGUCGUUGGCGCGCCUGUACUUCCUCCAGCGUCUCCCGCAGAUGUCGUUGUCGUACUUGCAGCGUGCGAUCUUAGUGAGUCUCGGACUGCAGCACCAGUCAGUGGACGUGAUCCAACAAGAACUCAACGUGCCGUCUAACCAGCUACUGGCGCUGUUUAACAAGGCUGUCCGGAAAUUCCUCGGACAAAUUGAACAGCUCAUGGAGAAGCAAUUGGAGGAGGAGACUGCGAACAGCAAGAAGCUGGCCGAGGUGGCGGCGCAGUCGCAGGCCAUGGCUCCUACCGAGACGACCCUGGACGAGGAGAUGCGCGAGGGCGCCCAGGCAGAGAAGGCCAAGCAGCAGCAGAAGCUUCUGGACAGCCUCAACCUGAUGAAAUAUGCUGUACGCGGUGAUGAUGCCGACUGGGAUGCGGCACUCGCACAGGCAGAAAACGGCGGCGCCGUUGUGCAGGUGAAGAGCAAAAAACAGAACAAGACCAAGAAGGAGUCGAAGGAGCCGAAGAAGGAAUACAAGCACAACAAGCGCUCGGCCGACGCGGACGGCGACCGCAAAAAGGGCAAGAAAAGCAAGAAGAGCAAAUACGCCAACCUUAGCUAGAUAGUUGCUGCCCCGUGAACGAGCAGCGCCGCUUGUGUGUCUGAAUAUAUAGAAGCAUUACAGUAAGACUUGCAGACCUCC